AUGGCUCUGGUGACCGAAUGGGGGGUGUUGAGAGCUCGUCUUGAGCUUUCACAACAUGUAUCAGAUGAUACAUUACUGUGCCUCCACCAACCCUGUGUAUGCCUCUUGUGUGUCCCUCUUCGUCCUCCCCUUCCCCUUACUGGCCUUACUGCCCCUUCCUCUUGUGCCCCUCACCCCCCUCAGAGCUACUUCUCGUGGCUGCUGAGGGACAAUCUCACCGACACUCUGGAGGGGCAGGUGUGGCUCCCACAGGACCCCGCCCUGCUGCUACAGCCGCCCACCGCGCUACAGCCGGAGGGGCCCGUGGCUCUGAUUCCACGCAACGGCGACUCGCGGGAGGGGUUCUUUGGGGAAGCAGAUGCGCUGUUCCGCAAGGACACGGACUACCUGAAUGCGGGCGUCAUGCUCUGCCGCCGGUCUCCUGCCAGCUUCGAGUUCUUCCAGCGGUGGUACAACGUACCGAAAGACGAUUACCACCUGUUCAACCACGUGUGGGAGCAGGAGAGGAUGAACCAGGUGGCGCGCUGGCCGCACUGGCGGCGGCGGGUGCUCAUCGUGCCGCACCAGGAGCUCACAGGGCCGCCAGGGGCCAUGGUGCGUCACAUGUGGGACAGGGUGGUGUAUGAGGCGCUAGAGGAGGCACUGGGCAACCUGCAGUCAGGGCUGUGA